CCAAACAAAUUUACCUUUUGCUUUCUAAGCGCGAAAGGAGCGUACCGUGGCGGGCAAUUUCCCAAUCCGUCAGUUUCCCGCCAAUCUACAAUCCCUAAAAUGUCGAAUUUCUCACAAAACAAAAAUUUUCAAAUUGCUAAUUACUUCCCAUUCCAAUCAUCAAAUGGCCGAGGAAGAGAACACAGAAGGGGCGAUCCGGCCCCAAUUUCCAACUGGAAGGGUCAAGAGAAUCGUGAAACUGGACAAAGACAUCAACAAAAUCAACUCAGACGCUUUAUUACUGGUUUCCCGAUCCACCGAGCUAUUUCUAAAAUUCCUCGCAGAGAAGUCGGCAGAAGUUGCAAUCGAAAAGAAGCGAAAGAUCGUGAAACUUGAUCACAUCCGAGUUGCCGUUAAGAGGCAUCAGCCAACCGGUGAUUUUCUUCUUGACUCGCUUCCCGUGCCAACUCAGUUAUCCGGUAAACCACCAGCUGAGAAGACUCGUCCUGCUCCUGUGACCGAUAAACCUCUCCCUCCUGGCACUCGCCGGAUUGACUAUUUCUUCGCUAAGUCGGCAAAUGAAGCUCCGGUUCAGAUAAAUGAAAGCUAGAUGCUUUUAUUUCUAUCUUCACAUUAUUUUGCUUAGUUGAAAGUUGAAACAGAAUAUAUUUUUAGCUUUAUAAUAUAAAGAAUCUUUUUUUUUUA